AUUGCUGUAUUUUGAUGUUUUCAACUCCCCAAAGCCAAAGCGCCUUUCGCCUCUUGCGAACCAAAACCAUAAACGACGUCGUAUAAAGCAACUAAUGUUGGUUGAUUGAAGAAGACGACAUGUCGCUUUAAGGCGUUUUUUUAUCCUACUAUCUGAGCUCCUCUGCCCGACUAACCGCCCGCCGCUUCUACAAAAUGAAGAGAAAGAGGGAAGAAGAAAACAGAAACGACAUGGAAAUUGUGUGGCAAACGCCAGCGAACCCACCGGAAAAACAAGACUACAUCAUUCGCGAUGGGAGGCGCCACGUGAGACCUUACCACUUCGAGUUCAUCUCUCAUGUUAAGAAUCGUUGGGCGGGAAAGACCAUAGUUGAUUUGUUUGCAGAAGAGUUCAAAGGCCGACCUUAUGAGUACUAUGUUAGUGCCGUCAAAUGUGGCCGGAUACAAGUUGAUGGAGAGAUGGUUCCCGUUUCCUACAUAGUUAAAUCAUCACAAAAGAUAAGCCACUUCGUACACAGGCAUGAACCGCCAGUGAUGGCUUUGGAUGUUUCUAUCCUACAAAACGAUCCAGAUGUUGUAACCGUCUGCAAGCCUGCUACUGUUCCUGUGCAUCCAUGUGGUCAAUAUCGUAAGAACACUAUUGUUGGCAUUCUUCAGGCUGAACAUUCUUUAGCACCUCUAUUUCCGGUUCAUCGACUAGAUCGGCUUGUGUCAGGACUCCUUAUCUUGGCUAGAAAUUCUGUGAAGGCUGACCUUUUUAGGCAAGAGAUUGAAGCUGGGAUGGUGCAGAAACAGUAUAUAGCAAAGGUCAUUGGGAUUUUUCCAGAGGAUGAGCAACUUGUCGACAUUAACAUAAAUUAUAAUGCUCGUGAAGGAAGGAGCAUGGCAGAGGUGGGUGACUCAUGUCGUGAUUCUCCCACAAAGGGGAAGGCUGCAUGUACCAAGUUUACCAGGAUUAGUACCAAUGGAACUCAUAGCAUUGUUUUGUGCAAACCGAUCACAGGCCGAACACAUCAAAUACGCGUGCAUUUGCAAUAUACAGGCCAUCCCAUAGCCAAUGACUUUCUUUACCUCUCUGAUCAUGCUACCACUCGUUCUGUUGAAGGAAUGAGUGCUGAUAGAGCUGCUCGUAUUUCAAGCUAUUGUCUAGCAUCCCAAUAUAAUUAUGAUAAAUGUGAAGAGAACUCCACAGAAGAUUUCGACGUUGAUCCUAUGUGUACUAACUGUCCUAAUUUGGCUCCAAAGGGAUAUGAUGUGUAUGAAGAGGGUUUAUGGUUACAUUGCGUGCGAUAUUCUGGACCUGGAUGGGUUUACGAUUGCCCCUACCCAGAUUGGGCAUCUCUGAGCUAAUCAUUUUCUCCUCUUCUCUCACUCUCUUUUUAUUUUUGUGAACAUUGGAGAAUGUAUUCAUUUUCUUUUCUUGAUAAAUUGAAACUGAAAUGAGCUAUAUGAGAGAGAGAGGCAACUCUUCUGACUUUUUGUAAUCUGUUUAAACUAAUUAGAAAAAGAUAAUAUAUUAGAUUUCACUUCA